CGACGCAGAAGUUCACAAGCGCUAGUUAGGACGCCUUCAGUUCAAGGUGGCUCAGAUAACAGCGCUUUGCGCCCAACAGGACUGAGCCUAUAGUUUAUACUGCUGUGGUGUGGGAUUGACAUUAAUCAGAGGCUUCCUGUAAAAGGAUUCGCGGCUGUAAGAGAUGAGAGCUUGGCAACUUUGGUUUCUGUGCUUCGUGGUGUUGGAUGCAGAUGCGCAAAAAGUGACUUCCCUGGAAGAAGAUCUGAUUGAUUCUCCGUUCGGCAACUUCUUUGAUCCUCUGAAAGAUUUGUUUGAUGACAAGAAUGACCAUCCUGCAACUGUUGCAAAAUUCUCCCUACGUAAUCCAUCCCAUCCUGAUGAUGAUCUCUGCUACAUUAUUCCUGGACAACCAGAAACCCUGGCUGCCUGCACCUUCAACAGCACAUCCAAAACCUUCCUGGUGAUCCACGGAUGGACGCUGAGCGGUAUGUUUGAGAGCUGGAUGCCGAAGUUAGUGUUGGCGCUGUAUGAGAGAGAGCAGACGGCCAACGUUAUCGUAGUAGACUGGCUCAGCUCGGCUCAGAACCAUUAUGUGGUCGCAGCUCAGAAAACUAAAGCAGUGGGAAGGGAGAUCGCACGCUUCAUUGACUGGAUGGAGGAAACCACCAACAUGCCUCUUGACAAGCUCCACCUGAUUGGCUACAGCCUUGGGGCUCAUGUGGCCGGAUUUGCUGGCAGCCAUGCCAGCAAUAAAGUCGGACGAAUAACAGGCCUGGAUCCAGCUGGACCGGACUUUGAAGGCGAACAUGCCCACAGGCGCCUCUCUCCAGAUGAUGCCCACUUCGUUGACGUCCUCCACACUUUCACUCGGGGUUCCUUGGGUCUCAGCAUCGGGAUACAGCAGCCCAUCGGCCAUUUGGACAUUUACCCCAAUGGAGGCAGCUUCCAGCCGGGCUGCAACCUGAGGGGGGCCUUGGAGAAAAUAGCUAACUUUGGGAUAUUUGCUAUAAAUGAUGCAGUAAAGUGCGAACACGAACGCUCCAUCCACCUCUUCAUCGACUCCCUGCUGAAUGAGCAGGAACCUGCCAAGGCCUACCGGUGCGGCAGCAAUGACAUGUUCGACCGCGGCAUGUGUCUGAGCUGCCGCAAGGGCCGCUGCAACACUGUGGGCUACGGCACAAGCAAAGUCCGCAGGCCUCGCAGUGUUCAGAUGUACACCAAAACACGAGCCUCCAUGCCUUUCAGAGUUUACCAUUACCAGCUAAAGAUCCACUUCUCCAGUAAAGUGAACACUUCAGAGAUGGAGCCUUCCCUAACCAUCUCUCUGUAUGGAACCAAAGGAGAGUCUGAAAACCUGGAGCUUAAGCUGAAAGAGAGACUUGAGACAAACAGGACACAUUCAUUUCUUGUGGUGACUGAAACUGAUAUUGGCGACCUGAUGAUGUUAAAGUUUAAAUGGAUAGAGACAAACAGCUGGUCGGUGUCCAACCUGUUAAAGAUGGUUUCCUCUUGGUGGUCUGGUCACUCAGACGGUGUGGAGGUUCACAAAAUCCGUGUCAGAUCUGGCGAGACGCAACAAAAGAUGGUUUUCUGUUUGAAAGACCCUGAUGCCCACAGCUUAUCUGGGGAGGUCACAUUUGUUAAAUGUAAAGAUGAAUGGAGGAUGAAACCUAAACAAAUUUCUAAGAGAGUAACUCUGAAGAACGACUGACAAUAAGGAAAAGACACUGCUAUGUGAUUUUUUUUUUACCACUAAGGACAUCAUUUAUACACUAUUUACAACUUUUAGACAUAAAAAACCUGUACAUAUCUACAGAUUUAUGUUGUCUGAAAGUAAAUUCAUGCAAAAAACGUUUUGUGAAACCUAACUCUAUCUUUGUCACUAAUGCAAAAAGUUAUUUUUUGUGCCUAAAAAUGAAUGACAGGGUAUAUUUUUCAUUUAGAAACAUUUAUUUAAUGUAAAAUAAGUUCUUACUAAUUAUCCCAAACUAAUAUCUUGUUUCAGAUAGGAUUAUAUUGUAGGGAUGCCAGAAAUCAGGAAAGACUCGUGAUCACUGACAAAUCCUAAUCAAAAAGCCAAUGUGGAUGUUUGCAUCACAGUUUCAAAGCACUUAAAAAGAGGUCAUUUUUAUGGGUCAUAGACAGAUAGAAUAACAUGGUUGUUUGGUGUAAAGAGGAUAAAGGUUAUAUGUGUUUAAUGGAAAUUUACCAGCUUGGAUGCACUUUCAAGGAUCUCUCGUGUUAAGCUGUCGGAGGACUGGAUUUACCAUGGUGGGAUCUGGAGGUACUUUUGUCAUAAAAUAUACUGUUGAAGACUUCUGCCUCUAAAGCGAGGGGGAAAAUCAUGUUUUUUUUAGGUGAAUUCCUAUAGGGUAUUUAAUAACAAUAUGGUACAACAGAUUUUCCUAUGUUUGUUGUACCUUAUAUACACAGCCAAACAAAGCAUAUCAAUGAGGCUUGGUGUAAACAGUCACCAAACAGACAUUCUCUUUGUGCUUUUCUGGCAGUUUUUCAUCUUAGUGUGCAUUAAUUUUGCCAUUUGAUAUAGUGAUUUUUAUUGAAGCAACAGAAACAGCCAAAUCUGAUGUCUUGUAUUGCUUUUGCAUGGUUUGUGCUACUACUGUAUAAUUCUGAAUUACACCAUAACUCGAAGACGUGUCAAACUAAUAAUAUAUCAUCGUAUUUUAUGAGCAGUUGAUGCUGGCUGUGAGGUAAUGAAGUUAGCUAAUAUGAAUGUUUUCUCUGUGUUCCUUGGUUUAUUUCCUUCCAUUUCCAUUACUUUUAAAUGUGAUCCUCAACUCUAGAGAUCGGUACCGUUAUCAUUGUGACUUUAAGAAACGGAAAUGUUAUCAUUUGCACAAAAUGGGGAAUCGGUUUUUGUACUGUAAAUCUAUGUAAAUACCACAAAAAGAGAAUACAUAUUUUUAUUUAGAACCACUGUUAAAGUUAUAUAUUUUUGUCUGUAGAUGAAUGUAAUAUGUACCACAUAUAUUUCUGUCAUUUUUGUACAUAUUUGUAAAAAGAGUCAGGCACUGUACUGUAUUCAUUCUAUAAUAAAUAAUAUUUGCCAGGUUUA